AUGUGUCCAGGGCAAAAAACUACCAGCUUUGCAAUGCUGCGGUUUGGAGGGGCAUAUGAUAUUUUGUUUUCGAAGCCUGGUGAAGCCCCAUGGGACCGUUACCACCGACGUAUCUGGCCGGUCAUGAACAAUUCGGCUAUAAAACGAAGUCUGUCCAGUGGCGGAAGCCUACUCGACGUUGCAUACCAGAACAAGUUUCAAUUUGAACUCUGGCCUGACGAAGUUCCCCCGGUUGGCCUGGACUUCAACUACCACACCCUCAGCGCACAACACCUGAAGUUACUCGUUGUGCCUUACAUCAAGCGCAGGGCUUUGCAAUAUUAUGACGCCGAACUGAAGACGGAAGCUGAGAACUUACUCGAACUUCGGCGCAAGCAAGGACGCAGCGAUAAAACUCUUGAUGAUAUCAUUGACGAGUUGGACGUCGCUGUGUCUGAGAUUGAUAUUGUUCCUUGGCCGAAAGGUACUUAUUGCCCUGUUCAUUUUCAUGUCUAA